GUUGUCCCCAGAGCCGUAUCCGGACCUUGCCCGGCUGUGCGCGCUCCGUGCCCGCCCUGCGAUCCAGCGCGCUCCGCUCACCAUGCGCUGGCACCGACGGGGCUGGCUCUGGCUCUGGCUCUGCCUGCCCGCGCUGCCCCUGCUGCUCACGCAGGCAGCCCCUUGGGAAGCCAGUGCUGUUGCCCUGAGGAAGAGAGACAGCUUGGAUUCCUUGGAUCUACGCUGGGAAGAUGAUUACUACAGGAAAAGCGAUGGUGUCUAUUGCAAGAAGUGCCCUGCAGGUACCCACCUUAUCAAGGAGUGUGAGGAGCAGGGAGGCUCCAGCACGUGUCAGUCCUGUGGACCCGGGGAAUACAUGGAAUAUCCCAACACCUUCCCGUCGUGCCAGGAGUGCUCCAAGUGCAGGGAAGAUCAGGUGGAGCUGAGCCCCUGCCAGCCCCAGAGGAACACGGUGUGUGCCUGCAGGAACGGCACCUUCUGCCCCCCGGAGCACCCCUGUGAGAUGUGCCAGAAGUGCCAGCCCAGGUGUCCCGACGGUCAAGUGGUGCUGAAGCCCUGCACACCCACGAGUGACCUGGAGUGUGGUCCUGACACAGCCACCUUCCCCUCCUACCUCACGGGUGGCAUCAUUGCAGGGAUUGUGAUUGUGAUUUUGAUUGCGAUCGGGAUUGGGAUUGGGACUGCUCUCUGCUGCUGGAAACAACCCUGCAGCUCCCCAGGGGAUGAGAGCCCCUCGAGCAAGAAGCCCUUUGAAAUUGUGCUUCAGAAGCUGCGAAGGUGCAAGAGAGAGAACAGCGGGAGAGAGGACAACAUCCCCAACGAGCGGACAGAGAGGCAGCUGCGUGAGAGGCUGGCAAUAGAGAGACAGGUACCCCUGGGACAGAGGGAGAGGGUCUCCAAUUGCUGCUGCAGCUUGGUGGGUGCUGUAGGACACUGUCAUUGCAGGAGUGGCACUGUCAUUCCAGGAGUGACAUUGUCAUUGCAGGAGAUGCUGCCAAGUAAGAGUGAGAGGCUCUGGAGGACUCUGGUUCCUCCACCAGGGACUGAACCCAGUCAAGCGCUGAAGAGCACCUUUUACACCUUUGGGAAGAAGGUGCCCAGAGACGACUGGAGGAGAUUCGGCCUCAACCUGAACCUGGAGGACAUUGACAUCCCCAUGGGCCAGUCUCUGGAUGAUUUUUACAACAUGAUGCGCAGGUGGCAGAACAGGGAGGGCUCCAAGGCCUCUGUGAACACCCUGCUGGACACCCUGGACCGCCUCAGCCUUGGUGGGGUGGCAGAGGACAUCUGUAAGACCCUGGUCCAGGAGCGAGGCUUUGAGUACGAAACGAGCUGAAGGAGCAGCUCUGCAGCUGUGAAAUACCCAGAAGAGUCAAAUUGUAGCUGUUUAUAGCUGGCCUGUGCUUCUCUGCUCUUGAAGCCAUCAUGAAUUCAGCUGAGCCAGGAGGAGCUGAUCCUCAUGAGAAGCACAAGCCCCAGGCUCCCCUCUGCUGGAGUUACAGGUUCGAUGUUGGCUCUUCCUCGUGGAAUCCGAGCUGGUUUCUUGAUUUCACUGAGUCAACACCAAGAGGUUCAAAUAACUUCAAUCUGCCUUGGGGCAUCUCUCUUGGAAGCAUUGGUACUACCCAGAUUUCUUUGGGAUCUGUGCAGAGAAGGGUUUUUGGCAUCCCUGUGCUUCUGAACUGGAUCAUCCUUGAUCUUCAAAGGAUUCCUGGCAUCAUGAAAUGGCUUCUGCUUCUAGAACAUCUCUAAGUAAGCUUCGUUCUGCAUGCUUGGUGGUUCUGCAAGCUCAGCUGGGAUCUUGGGCUGCUUUUUGUGACCUGAAUUUUUAGGUUUUGGGUUUUUUUUGUUUUUGUUUACAUGGUUCUGCUUGUUCUUAGAAACCAGUUUAGAACUGCACUUGGAGGGGAUGAGGGAAAUGAUUGAUUUGCACAGUGGACUCUGGGGUUGCCUGGGGAAAGGGACAAUGCAGGGGUCACCCAGCCCAGCCCCCUGCCAGGACCAGGGACAUCUUCCCUUCCAUGGGGCUGCUCCAAGCCCCAUCCAGCCUGACCUUGAGUCUUUGCCAGGAUGGGGCAGAUUAUCAGGGCAGCCUUUCUGCCAGUGUUAGCUCAUUUUGAAGGAAUUUUUUGUUAAAUUUAAUAUAAUGUGAAUCUCAUUUGCCAUUCCCUGUCCUGGCAGUCCAGGCCCUUGUCCAACUCUCCUGGAGCCCUUUUAGGUACUGGAAGGGGCUUGAAGGUAUGUCACAAUGUCACUCCUGCAAUGACAGUGUCACUCCUGCAAGUCCCAGAGCCUUCUCUUCUCCAGGCUGGACAAUCCCAGCUCUCCCAGCCUGGCUCCAGAGGGGCUCCAGCCCUCCUCUGGAUUUGCUCCAGGACUUCCACAUCCUUGUGGAGGCCCCAGAGCUGAGGAGAAGGGGAGAAUCCCUCCGGUUACCCCGUGGCUGUGGGGUGGCUCUGCUGUCUCUGUGUGCCCCAGGUGAAUGCACUGAGUGUGAGUGUGACCUGAUACCUCCUGCCCAUCCCAGCCUGUGGGCAAAUCCUCAAACACUGCACCUCACACAGAGCUCAGGGACAACCCAGCUGGGAAAACAGCUGGGAAAACCACUGGAUUACUUGAGCUGCCACCCCAGUGCAGCCCAGUCCAUCCCCAGUGUGAUGGGAGGGUGCUGAGCACCCUGCCUGCUGCUCCCAUUCCCCCACCCUCCAACAAGACAAGCAGAACUUUUGUACUUAUUUAUUAGGAACUGUAAACGUUACAUAUGUUAACUUAAAACUUUUAUAAAAAUAUUGUUUUUGUUAUGCAUGGUUGUGUGUUUUUUACAGAGCUCUGGCCCAGCCAGUCUGCUUCUCCAGUUUUAUGUAUUUCUGUUUAUGAAGGGUUUAAUUUAAAAAAAAAAAAAAAAAUCCUGAUUUUCUCAUCUGGUUUGAUUUGUUUUCCCCCCAGAACUCUGGUGAAGGGUCCCAAUGGCCACCAAGCUCCAGGGUCCCAGUGGGCACCAGCUGCUCCA